GAAAGAAACAGAAAAGUAAAGAAGAACAAGAAAGAAAGGGAAAAGUAAAGAAGAACAAGAAAGAAAGGGAAAAGUAAAGAAGAACAAGAAAGAAAGGGAAAAGUAAAGAAGAACAAGAAAGAAAAGGAAAGAAAGAAAGGGUUGCUGAUCAUCCCUCGCUUUUAAAGCUGACAGCUCAGCUCAGUUGUCUCCUCAAUUGAGUAAACAUUUGAUUAUCAAUGUUAGACUUUCUCGACACAAGAAAGGGUUGCUGUUCUUCUUGUUUAGUAUGACCCCACAAUCCAUUUGAUGAGAUUCUAAGUGUAGUUUUACAUCAUGAGGGGCUCGUUACCCAGUUUUACAUCAUGAGGGGCUGGUUAUUAGUUUGGAGACCCGCACUAUGAUUCUUCUACAUGCACGGUUUCUAUCACCACUCCAGCUAUAUUUGGAAGCUCAAAGAGGUUAAUUUCAUCAUGCACUCUCUACAGUGAUGAAGGUCCUGAGCCAUGGCUCCGUAAGACUAGUACUGAUGCUUGGCUUUCUACUGGCACUGGGGAGGCAAUUGAUGGGGCUGACCGGCUGAUGGUAAUCUUGAGGUGUUUGAUGUGCCCCAUUUUACCUGUGUUUUCUCCGUGGAUAAAUUUGUGUCGGGAAGGAGUCGCUGACACCUUGACCCAACAAGAUCCAUCUCUUGGUUCUUGUCUAAAAAGUUCUGGCGAGGUUUCUGGACAUGGGAAAAAGGAAGCCCUUCAGAAGAUCAAAGUAGUUGAGUUGGAAAUGCAGAGGUGGGCAGGGCAACGUAGCCGUCCUUUUCUUUUUGGAAUAUUAUCUGAUGGAACAAUUCUCUGCUACCUUGCCUACAUUUUUGAAGGUUCUGAAAAUUAUUCACCCAGCUCUAUUAAUCCUAGUAACAGUUCUGGUACCUCCAGGCUUCGAAAUUUAAGAUUAGUACGCGUUCCACUUGAAAAUUAUGCAAGGGAGGAGGUAUCGUCUGUAAAACGAUCACAGCGCAUAAUUUUUUUUAAGAAUGUUGGUGGUCUCCAGGGAGUGUUCCUUGUUGAUGUUCUGUGAACGGAUCUGAAUGAAUCACCAGCUUUGUGAUGGGCCUAUUGCUGCCUUUCCAUUCAUUAACAUUGUGAUUUCCAUUCACAAUGUUAAUUGCAAUCAUGGGUUUAUAUAUAUAACUAUGCAAGGUGCUCUAAAGAUUUGCCAUCUUCCAUCUCUACUAUCCUAUGACAACUAUUGGCCAGUUCAGAAGAAAAGAGAAAACAUAGGGUAAAGGAUGAGUUCUGUUCAUGGAGGGGCCUCAUUACUACCCUUGGGACCUCAUUAUUCUUUUUGGGCAGUCGAUUGGGAGAUAGUCUGCUCGUGCAGUUUACUUAGUGGUCUAGGAGCACCGAUGUUUUCUUCAGGGGUAGAGGAUGAGGUUGGAGAUAUUGAAAAUGACGCACCUUCUGUUAAGAGGCUGAGGAUGUCUUCUUCUGAUGCUUUGCAAGACAUGUUCAAUGGGGAAGAACUGUCCUUGUAUGGCACAUCGCCUAAUAAUGCACAUUCAGCACAGCGGACCUUCUCCUUUGCGGUGAGGGAUUCUUUGAUAAAUAUUGGCCCUUUGAAGGACUUUUCAUAUGGUUUGAGAAUAAAUGCUGACCCAAAUGCCACUGGGGUUGCUAAACAAAGUAACUACGAAUUGGUUUGCUGUUCAGGCCACGGGAAGAAUGGCGCUCUUUGUGUGCUCCAAAGGUCAAUUCGCCCAGAAGUCAUUACUCAAGUGUGCUUCUAAUUCUUUUCAUUUCUUUUUGUACAUGGAACCCCCACAUUGUGGUGCUCAGAUGUUAUAGUUAUUUAUUUUACUCUAUUAUCUCAAAAAGUCAGAAGUUUGCUGCAUCUUUAUUGGUUAUAAGCAAAAGAAGCUAAUGUUUUCAUAUCCACUUUUUUUUACAGUUUGCUUUGAAAGCAAAAAGCAAACAAAAAAUCUGCCUGUCAUAUCAACUUUCGUUUGAUUCUUUAAAUGAAGUGAACAUAUUACCAUUCUUCAAAUUUAC